AUGACAGAUGAUUUGGAUCGUGAUUCCAGAUUUCUAAAAGCUAUAUCCGUUUUUUCCCCAGUUUCAGCCAUGAAUACUUGUCAAAAUUCUGAUUUAAUUUUUAUACAUAUAAAAUUUAACGAUCCACAGAAGUCAACUCUUAUAGUCACAUUGAAAAAUCUAUUUAGAUUAAAGUUACAAAAACUCUUGAUAUUGUUUUUUGAUCUCGUCAUCUCAUCAUCAUCAUCAUCAUCAUCAUCAUCAUCAUCAUCAUCAUCAUCAUCAUCAUCAUCAUCAUCAUCAUCAUCAUCAUCAUCAUCAUCAUCAUCAUCAUCAUCAUCAUCAUCAUCAUCAUCAUCAUCAUCAUCAUCAUCAUCAUCAUCAUCAUCAUCAUCAUCAUCAUCAUCAUCAUCAUCAUCAUCAUCAUCAUCAUCAUCAUCAUCAUCAUCAUCAUCAUCAUCAUCAUCAUCAUCAUCAUCAUCAUCAUCAUCAUCAUCAUCAUCAUCAUCAUCAUCAUCAUCAUCAUCAUCAUCAUCAUCAUCAUCAUCAUCAUCAUCAUCAUCAUCAUCAUCAUCAUCAUCAUCAUCAUCAUCAUCAUCAUCAUCAUCAUCAUCAUCAUCAUCAUCAUCAUCAUCAUCAUCAUCAUCAUCAUCAUCAUCAUCAUCAUCAUCAUCAUCAUCAUCAUCAUCAUCAUCAUCAUCAUCAUCAUCAUCAUCAUCAUCAUCAUCAUCAUCAUCAUCAUCAUCAUCAUCAUCAUCAUCAUCAUCAUCAUCAUCAUCAUCAUCAUCAUCAUCAUCAUCAUCAUCAUCAUCAUCAUCAUCAUCAUCAUCAUCAUCAUCAUCAUCAUCAUCAUCAUCAUCAUCAUCAUCAUCAUCAUCAUCAUCAUCAUCAUCAUCAUCAUCAUCAUCAUCAUCAUCAUCAUCAUCAUCAUCAUCAUCAUCAUCAUCAUCAUCAUCAUCAUCAUCAUCAUCAUCAUCAUCAUCAUCAUCAUCAUCAUCAUCAUCAUCAUCAUCAUCAUCAUCAUCAUCAUCAUCAUCAUCAUCAUCAUCAUCAUCAUCAUCAUCAUCAUCAUCAUCAUCAUCAUCAUCAUCAUCAUCAUCAUCAUCAUCAUCAUCAUCAUCAUCAUCAUCAUCAUCAUCAUCAUCAUCAUCAUCAUCAUCAUCAUCAUCAUCAUCAUCAUCAUCAUCAUCAUCAUCAUCAUCAUCAUCAUCAUCAUCAUCAUCAUCAUCAUCAUCAUCAUCAUCAUCAUCAUCAUCAUCAUCAUCAUCAUCAUCAUCAUCAUCAUCAUCAUCAUCAUCAUCAUCAUCAUCAUCAUCAUCAUCAUCAUCAUCAUCAUCAUCAUCAUCAUCAUCAUCAUCAUCAUCAUCAUCAUCAUCAUCAUCAUCAUCAUCAUCAUCAUCAUCAUCAUCAUCAUCAUCAUCAUCAUCAUCAUCAUCAUCAUCAUCAUCAUCAUCAUCAUCAUCAUCAUCAUCAUCAUCAUCAUCAUCAUCAUCAUCAUCAUCAUCAUCAUCAUCAUCAUCAUCAUCAUCAUCAUCAUCAUCAUCAUCAUCAUCAUCAUCAUCAUCAUCAUCAUCAUCAUCAUCAUCAUCAUCAUCAUCAUCAUCAUCAUCAUCAUCAUCAUCAUCAUCAUCAUCAUCAUCAUCAUCAUCAUCAUCAUCAUCAUCAUCAUCAUCAUCAUCAUCAUCAUCAUCAUCAUCAUCAUCAUCAUCAUCAUCAUCAUCAUCAUCAUCAUCAUCAUCAUCAUCAUCAUCAUCAUCAUCAUCAUCAUCAUCAUCAUCAUCAUCAUCAUCAUCAUCAUCAUCAUCAUCAUCAUCAUCAUCAUCAUCAUCAUCAUCAUCAUCAUCAUCAUCAUCAUCAUCAUCAUCAUCAUCAUCAUCAUCAUCAUCAUCAUCAUCAUCAUCAUCAUCAUCAUCAUCAUCAUCAUCAUCAUCAUCAUCAUCAUCAUCAUCAUCAUCAUCAUCAUCAUCAUCAUCAUCAUCAUCAUCAUCAUCAUCAUCAUCAUCAUCAUCAUCAUCAUCAUCAUCAUCAUCAUCAUCAUCAUCAUCAUCAUCAUCAUCAUCAUCAUCAUCAUCAUCAUCAUCAUCAUCAUCAUCAUCAUCAUCAUCAUCAUCAUCAUCAUCAUCAUCAUCAUCAUCAUCAUCAUCAUCAUCAUCAUCAUCAUCAUCAUCAUCAUCAUCAUCAUCAUCAUCAUCAUCAUCAUCAUCAUCAUCAUCAUCAUCAUCAUCAUCAUCAUCAUCAUCAUCAUCAUCAUCAUCAUCAUCAUCAUCAUCAUCAUCAUCAUCAUCAUCAUCAUCAUCAUCAUCAUCAUCAUCAUCAUCAUCAUCAUCAUCAUCAUCAUCAUCAUCAUCAUCAUCAUCAUCAUCAUCAUCAUCAUCAUCAUCAUCAUCAUCAUCAUCAUCAUCAUCAUCAUCAUCAUCAUCAUCAUCAUCAUCAUCAUCAUCAUCAUCAUCAUCAUCAUCAUCAUCAUCAUCAUCAUCAUUCAUCACAACUUUAUACUGA